AUGCGGACGUUACCCAUACUUCUACUCGCUAUCAUUGGCGCGGCGUACUGCUAUCCAGUUGGUCAAGAUGAGGUUAGAGUUGAUGCUGUUGAGGAGGAGAAUGGAUUGGUUGAGGUGGAUCAUCGAGUGAAGAGGGAUAGCAAUAAUUUGGAGAAGCGCGUGGAGAAGAUUAUGGAGAAGGUUGAGGAGAUCAAAGACAAGAUUCAGGAGGCAAGAGAGAAUCAUCAUCGUAGACACGGCCACCACGGGACGCCAUGGCCACCGUGGGAGGAUGAACAAGAGUGGAUCCGACUCGGAUUCAUCGGAUUCGUCGGAGGAGAAGAAGAAGAGAAAGAAGAUGAGAGAGAAGAAGAAGGAAGAGGAGGAAGAGAAGAAGAAGGAGGAGGAGGAAGAAGAGAAGGAGAAGGUAAGGAUUUUCAGAAAACCUGGACCUUAACUGAAUUUCAGGAGAAGAAAAGGAAGGAGAAGAAGAAGAAGGAGGAGGAAGAGAAGGAGAAAGAGGAGGAAGAGGAAAAGGAGAAGGAAAAGAAGAAAAAGGAGAAGAAGAAGAAGGAGGAGGAAGAAAAGGAGAAGGAAGAAGAGGAGGAGAAGGAGAAGGAAAAGAAAAGGAAGGAGAAGAAGAAGAAGGAGGAGGAAGAAGAAGAGAAAAAGAAGGAGAAGAAGAAGAAAGAGGAGGAAGAAGAAGAGAAGGAGAAGGAAAAGAAGAAGAAAGACAAGAAGAAGGAUGAUGAGGAUGACGAAGAUGAGGAUAAGAAGGACAAGAAAAAGAAGAAGAAUGACGAGGAUGAUGAGGAGAAGAAGAAGGAUAAGAAAAAGAAGGAUGAUGAUGAGGAAGAGAAGGAAAAGGAUAAGAAGAAGAAGGACAAGAAGAAGGACGAUGAUGAUGAUGAGGAAGAAGACAAGAAGAAGAAGGAUAAGAAGAAGAAGGACGAUGAUGAUAAAGAUGAGAAGAAGGAUGAUGAUGUUGACAAGGAUAUGAAGAAUGAUAAAAAGGAUAAGGACGAUGAAGACGACAAAGAGGACGAAGAUCAGAAGAAAAAGAAGAAGAACUGA